AUGAAAUACUCCUUCACCACCGCCGGCCUCAUGGCCCUCGUGUACGGGUCCGCCAUCACCGUCGCUGCCGCCCUCCCAGAGCGCGCCACCACCAAGGCUGCGCACAUCAUCGAUGUCCACCGUGACUGGGACGGCGUGCGCGCUCAUGUUGCCCGCAAGACUGCUCGGAAGGACAAGCGCCAGAGCAACAGCUCCUCCAGCCUAGACUACUCCGGCUACUGGUUCGCGAACAUCACGGCUGGUGGCCUGCCUGCCUCCGUGUUGCUAGACACCGGCUCUGCUGACCUAUGGCUCGUCGACCCCUCUGCUGGGUCAGAUGCCACCGACGGCGUUCAGACGUGGGACCCCACCACUGCUCAGGACACCUCGCAGAUGAGCGGUGAAACCUUUAAUAUCGGCUAUGGGCAGGGUGGCAACGGUGUAAGUGGAAACGUCUACCAGACCGAUGUCUGCCUGGGAGAGGCCUGCACUACCAUGGCUGUCGGUUCUGCAACCACCGACCAGGGGCUCGGAUCAUUCCCCCGUUCAGGUAUCUUGGGUUUGGCCUUCAAAGGCGGCAACAGCGUUAGCCCUGACCAGCAAAACACCUUCAUGGAGUCACUACAGGGCUCGCUGGCCGAGCCUAUCUUCGUCACCAAGUUCACCCCGGAGGGCAGCACCAGCCAGAUUGCCUUCGGUUCAAACCCCUUCGACUUCGUGGCACCUAUGCAGGAGAUCCAAAUCGACAGCUCCUCAUCAGCCUCAUACCCUUAUUCGUGGUCCUACACCGGCGUAGACUACUCCAAGAACGGGCAGUCUCUGGGCACCUUUGACGUUGUCUUCGACAGUGGUGGUCCCAUGACCUCUGCCGCGGAAGAUAUCGUCCGUGGAUAUUACGACGGGGUGGACGGUGCUUCAGAUGUCAAUGGUGAUGCCUCAAGUUGGACCGUUCCCUGCGGAACCGAGCUUCCUGACCUGACCCUGACCUUGGGCAGUGCUACGCUCGUCAUUCCCGGCGAGAAGUUCUACAACGGCAACACAGAUACGUCUGGCGACUGCACCGUCUGGUUCGUCAAGGAGAACUCGCCUUCUCGUGGUGUCAUCGGCGAUCCAUUCUUCUGCGAGCACGUUGUCGUUUUCAACCAGCAGGAUUCCACCAUCUCAUGGGGAAACCAGUCAUAA